UGUCAAGCAGUUGGAUACCGGAAGAGGACGGGCCUAAGAUGGCGGCGCCCAUGGGUGUCAGGAAGAGCCGCUCAUGUCGGCGAACAGGGCGGUGUGGGGGCGCGUCCGAAGCCGCCUACGCGCCUUCCCCGAGCAAUUGGCGGCCUGCGGGCCCGAGGCCGCGGCGUACGGCAGGUGUGUGCAGGCCUCCACGGCCCCGGGCGGCCGCCUGAGCAAGGACCUCUGCGCGCGGGAGUUCGAGGCCCUGCGGAGCUGCUUCGCCGCCGCGGUGACCCGGAGACCCAGCCCCCACCACACACCAGCACCUAAGCUCUUUGCCAAGAAGACCCCGAAGGGAGGCUGUUAGUUGGGGCCCUCUGCAUGGUCCUCACUCCUGUCUGCUGCCCGUUGGUGCAAAGCCCUCGUGCUGAUGGCCCCGAGCAGCACAUGGCACACGCCCUGAGGCUGUGAGGAAGCGCGGAUGUCAGCGUUCUGAAGUUCUUGCCUGUUAGAGUUUAUUCUCAACUGGUUGAGCUGUGGGAAUUUGUUUUCCAGUGUUUGUAGCCAUAAGGGUCUGUGUUAGAAUAAGAUAUAAUGGAACCAAGGAUAAAGACUCUAUCAAAUAAU